AUGAUGGACCCUGCUCUCAUGGCCAGCCUAGAGCGCUGUCUCAUCAACAACAGCCCCAUCUACUCUUCCUUCUUCGGCGCCAUGGGCUGCGCCUGCGCAAUCGUCCUCACCACCAUCGGUGCCUCCUACGGCACCGCCAAGUCCGCCGGAGCCAUCUUCUCCUGCGGCGUCCUCCGCCCCGAGCGCCUCAUGCAGAACACCCUCUGCGCCAUCAUGGCCCAGAUCCUCUCCAUCUACGGCCUCGUCGCCAGCGUCAUCAUGUCGAACUCCAUCACCGAGAAGAUGGCCGUCCACACCGGCUUCCUCCAGCUCGGCGCGGGGCUGUCCGUGGGGCUGUGCGGGCUCGCAGCCGGGUUCGCCAUCGGCAUCGUUGGCGAUGCUGGAGUUCGUGCGAGCAGCCAGCAGCCGCGGCUCUAUGUAGGAAUGGUCCUCAUCCUCAUCUUCGCCGAGGUCCUGGGUCUGUAUGGCGUCAUCGUCAGUAUUCUCAUGCUCACUCGGUCCACACUCAACGUCACGGAAUGUCUUGUGUAG